CGGUGGCGGCGGGGCCGGGGCCGCUCCGCGGUGGCGGUGCCGGUGCCCGGUGCCGGUUCCCGGUGCCCGUUCCCGUCCCGUUCCCGGUGUCCCGGCCCGGUGCCGGUCCCGGCCCGAUGCUGGGCUGCCUGGGGGCGCUGUCGGCCCCGCGGCGGCUCCACGACGUCACCAACCGGCGGGGAGCGCUGCUGGGGGGGCGCCUCGGCGUGGAGGCGCCGCGCAGCCCCCCCCCGGAGAUGGUGCCCGGCUCGCCCUCGCCGCCGCCGCCUCCGCGUGUCUACAAGCCCUGCUUCGUCUGCAGCGACAAGUCCUCGGGCUACCACUACGGCGUCAGCUCCUGCGAGGGCUGCAAGGGCUUCUUCCGCCGCAGCAUCCAGAAGAACAUGGUGUACACGUGCCACCGCGACGGCCGCUGCCACAUCAACAAGGCCACGCGCAACCGCUGCCAGUCCUGCCGCCUGCAGAAGUGCUUCGACGUCGGCAUGUCCAAGGAGG